AGAAAGAAAGAAGCACCUAUGUUUUAUCCCGUGGCAUCUUGUCCCCAAAACCGUCACAACUCCAAAAUCUCGCAUGCGACAGUGACAUAAUCCUGAAUGAAAAGCUCGAAUCCGAAGAUGGACAUCGACGUGGACGAAGCUUCUGGACCCAAAGGUUUCCUUCUAGAACCUUCAUUAAUUUGUUGGUGAAAUGAAUCAUGGAAAUUGGAACCCUUUUGAUAACUGUGUCUCUGUGUGUGUGUGUGUGUGUGUGUGUGUGUGUGUGUGUCAAUGUGUUAGACGCAGAGGGAAAGACCCUUUUGGUCAUCUUAGUGGGAGCACCGGGGAGCGGGAAGUCCACCUUCUGUGAAGAGGUUAUGCGUUCCUCUACACGCUCUUGGGUUCGCGUUUGCCAGGACACCAUUGGAAAUGGUAAAGCAGGAAAUAAAGCUCAGUGCCUAAGCAGUGCAGCUACAGCAUUGAAGGAUGGGAAGAGUGUAUUUAUUGACAGGUGCAAUCUUGACAGAGAACAGCGCACAGAAUUUGUAAAGCUUGGUGUUGGACCCCAUAUAGAUGUCCAUGCUGUUGUACUUGAUCUUCCGGCUAAGCUUUGUAUUUCUCGAUCUGUCAAACGGACUGGGCAUGAAGGAAAUUUGCAGGGCGGAAAAGCUGCUGCGGUUGUGAAUAGAAUGCUUCAAAAGAAAGAGCUUCCCAAAUUAAGUGAAGGGUUUAACCGGAUAACUUUUUGUCAGAGUGAGAGUGAUGUCAAAGAUGCUAUUAAUACAUACAGCACACUUGGGCCACAAGAUAACCUUCCAUAUGGCUGCUUUGGCCAAAAGAAUCCAGAUUCCAAAAUUCAAGUUGGUAUAAUGAAGUUUCUAAAAAAGGCAGACGUCCCCGCUGAUGCUGCAUCUAGGAAGAAUGGCAUUGGAAACUCCACUUCCCAGACACCUGGGAAAAAUGAUUCCUGCUGCAAAGAUAUGGAAAAAAUUCCCUCGAUUCCAGAUAAUGCCAACUUAGAGUCAACGGAAGUGGAAGGCCAGGCAGUUGACUCUACUGGUUCCCAUGCCAAUCGAGUUUCUCUGGGUGAUACUCCCACUCUGGCAUUUCCAUCUAUUUCAACAUCUGAUUUUCAAUUCAACCAUGAGAAGGCAGCUGAUAUUAUUGUUGAGAAAGUUGCAGAGUUCUCGAGUAAGACUUGGAAUGCCAGACUUGUCCUAGUUGACUUGACUCAUAAGUCAAAAAUUCUCUCCUUAGUUAAAGCCAAAGCGGCAGAAAAAAAUAUUGACGCCCAAAAGUUCUUUACCCAUGUUGGAGACAUUACUCACCUUUAUUCCGUGGGAGGUUUGCGCUGUAAUGUCAUAGCUAAUGCUGCCAACUGGCGGUUGAAACCUGGAGGUGGAGGUGUUAAUGCAGCAAUUUUUGAUGCUGCAGGUCCUGAACUGGAUUCUGCAACCAAAGAAAAAGCAAAAUCUCUUUCGCCUGGGAAUGCUGUUGUUGUCCCUCUACCUUCAUCUUCUCCGUUGUUUACUAGAGAGGGUGUAACCCAUGUAAUACAUGUUCUUGGACCUAAUAUGAACCCACAAAGACCAAAUUGUCUAAAAAAUGAUUAUAGUAAAGGCUGCAAAAUUCUCCAAGAUGCAUAUGCUUCACUAUUUGAAGGUUUUGCAUCAAUUGUGAGGAACCAGGCAGACCAACCUGGGGGAAGAAAUGAAAACCUUAGAAAAAAGUCUUUGGAGUCACAGGAUCAGUCUGAAUGUUAUUCGAGAAAUCAUUUUACAAAUUCUGAUCAAAAGAGUAAGAGAGAUGCUGAUCAUGGAUCAGAAAAGAGCAAGAAAUACAAGGGAAAUCAGGAUGAUUUUGGAUCUACCUUUACUGAUUCAAGGGAUGAAAAGGUAGAUUUAGGGCCUGGAAGAACUGAUGGUAGCAUGAUUAAGGCAUGGGGAUCAUGGGCUCAAGCUCUUCACCGUAUAGCAAUGCAUCCUGAAAACCACAAGGAUGACUUGCUUGAAAUUUCAGAAGAUGUUGUUGUAUUGAAUGAUCUUUAUCCUAAGGCACAGAAGCAUAUUCUGGUUUUGACACGAACUGGAGGUCUUGAUUGUCUGGCAGAUGUCCAAAACGAGCACCUUCAGUUAUUGAAGAAGAUACAUGCUGUGGGUUUGAAAUGGGCUGAGAAGUUCUUGCAUGAGAAUGCUUCUCUGGUAUUUCGUCUUGGAUAUCACUCGGCUCCAUCAAUGCGACAACUACAUUUACAUGUCAUUAGCCAGGACUUUGAAUCAAAACAUUUGAAGAAUAAGAAGCACUGGAACUCAUUUAACACUGCUUUCUUUCGUGACUCGGUAGAUGUAAUGGAUGAGAUCUCUAAACAUGGGAAAGCAAUAUUGAAAAAUGAUGACAAGCUGUUGACUAUGGAGUUGAGGUGCCACAGAUGUAGAAGUGCGCAUCCAAACAUACCACGGUUAAAAUCACAUAUUAGCAGCUGCCAUGCUCCUUUUCCAGCUUACCUACUUCAAAACGGACGUUUGGUGCAUGCACCAGGUCAACCGCACAACAAUUUAUAGUUUUAUAAGUUUUUGACACUGCCACUAUGCUUGACUAGUUUUGAUCUAGCCUUUUGAGUAGAGAGGUAGAAUCCUCAUUGUAUAGUUAAAGAAUGAAGUAUUUUUGCCAUCUAAGAGAAAGAAGUUUAUUUUCACCUUACAUUAACGAGUGGUGGCACUAGAUGGUUUGACUUGAAAUCCUGUUGGAACGACUAUAUAUGGCUUGAUGGACUUGG